CCAUCUUUUUAAUAUUAUCAUUAAUUUUAACAUAUCAUUUUGACUUUCAGAAUUUUGAUAUUUUGUACCAAAAUACCGAUGUUGUAUUAUUUUCCGCUGAGUGGAUUUUGGGCCGGGACCAAUCUAUAGGAUCGGCCUGUCAACAACUAAACCCAAGGCCCAAACGGACUAGGGAAAAAUGAAUGUUUAGUUAUUUACAAUAUUUGUCCUUUUCGUGUCCUUGUUUUUCCCGUGAUCCGAUUUCUGAUUGUUGGUUGGGAAUUGGCUUUCCGUGGAAAACAAGAAGGACCAAGCUCUGCCCUCUCCGCCACUCCACCUAACACCUAUAUAUAAACAAACCUGCCCGCUCCUAGACAAUGAACCAGAAACGGAGAAUACUGCAGCCGCACGCCGUCGGAAAUUUCGAAGAAGACCAAUCGGAGCGGAAGAAGAAGACGACGAUGGUGUCAGUAGCGGAAUUAAACAUAGAGAGCAAAAUCAAGGAGCGAUUGGCGAAGGACGAGGCGGCGUACGGCGCUUUCGUCGAGUGCUGGAGGCUGUACAAGGGAGGGAGGAUGAGCAAGCACGACCUCUGCUGCGAGAUCGUCGGCCACUUCUCCGACGAGAUCCACGACCUCGUCCCCGACCUCCGUAACUUCUUCAAAGACUCUUCCGCCGCGGCUGUCGUCGUCGCUGGCUCCUCAGCGGCCGUCGCUUGAUCUGUAGAAAGAUGUUCUAUUCUCCCGGUAGCGGUAUUAGGUGGAAUUUCAAUUUCGUGGGUUUUAAGCCCUUGUUUCCCUCUUGCUUUAGGUUUAUGAUAGGUGUGAAUAAUUGUUGCGAUUUCAUGGAUUGGGAAUGGAAGUGAAUUAUUGAUCAUUAGGGUUUUGGGUAUUGUGAUUUGGGUUAAGUAUACCUAAGUUGUUGCUUCUACUUAACUUGAAAGCAAUGGCAAGGACAAGGAGAGUUAGGGAUUAUUUAUCGAUGAUCGAUUUAUUUUCACACCAAUUAACUAAUAUUAAAACGAAGCAUUUCGAUGAACUAUUCUCAUAUGAAAAUUUUAAAUGGAGACGGUUCACAUGCUGCUGGUACAUCGACUGGUAUAUAUAAGUUCACACAAAUUACUUCACAGUUCACUCCUAAUACCCACUCCUGAUACCCAAGCUGUAAACCAUUGUUCGAAAAAGAAACAAGUAAUUAGCUUAAUGACACACAGUGUUGGCUACUUGGCUUUGAUUAAGAAGACUAAUUCAGGUGAUUAGUGACCUACUUAUCCAAUGAAUAGAUCGGUAUUCAGUUAAGUAGCGGUAAAUCCAGUUUAAUAUGUACAAUGCCCUGUAUGACCUGCAUUACCACCAAUAUUACAAUUUCUCGUGUGAUUGUAUAUUCUACAAUCGAAACACGUAAAAGAAAAGAAUUCAUUAUUACUAGGGGCAUGGGUUACCAUACAAAACCUAUAAAACUCGUGUCUUACCACCCCUUAUACUAAUCAUAUCACUCAUCUCAUGAUAUGAUCGUAUUAUUAUGGUAUGAUUAGCUAAUAUCGGGAGCGGUAAGAUACUUCGUAGAUUUUGUAAUUAUGUAUUUUGUACAUUAUCCUUUCCCUUAGGAGUAUUAUUAUAGCAUAUUACCCUAGUAAAAAAAAACGUAUUGUCCUGUUAAGUUGUCUAUAUUUCUAGUCUUCUGCAGCAACAGAAGUUGGGGCAGUACUGCAACAGCUUCCAAAUACAACGAAAAUGUUCACAUUACCUGCCACAAUACCAGAAAAUCAACCCACUUGGAAAAAAAAUACAAUUGAAAGUAACCCUAAAUCCCAAACAGUUGAUAAGUUACAAAUUAUAAUAAGUGGAUGAGUAUGUGGUUUUAACGUAAUGAUUAGAAUAAAAUGAAACAUUUUGCAAUACAGAAAGACACUGCAUUUUAUAUAUAGUCUGUAACAUUCUGAAAUUAACAAAUUGCAAAUGGCGGUAGAAGUCUGUACCUCCUUGAAUGUGAGUUUCUCGUGUACAAAGACAGCUAAAGCAAAGGAGAUGAGAACGAAAUAAGAUCGCGGGAAGGUGUCCUGGUCCUUGUCGUACGACCUUCGGACCAGUUUGUGGUGUCUGAUGUACCAAAUGAUGGAGAAAGCACUUCCUAGGUAUAUAAGUUGCAUGGUUGUGUUGUACAACGAGAUGAAAUGCGUGAAUAGAUCCAAAUAAUGUGUAGCGAAAACCAGAAAGUAGAGCUCUUGGGUUUUCAAAGAAACUCCUGCGCCCAUCUUAUAUAAUAGUUAUUACGAUAAUACAUACAUGGAAAAAUAUCUCUCUCCCUCUCUCUCUAACCUCUUGCUACUCCAAUCAACCAAGCAUCCCAUUGAGAGAAAACAUAUCAAAGAAAGCAUUUGAUGGUGCAUCCAAUACACGAAAAUUCCCUUGCAACAUAUGGAAACAAGAAGGAAAGAAGGUGUACCAGCACAAGACUUGAUGGUGCGGAUCUUGAGGAGGAGAACAAGGACACUGGCUAAAUGUGUCAUGUCCCCUGCAAGCCUGAAUAUGUUCAUCUGGGUUGCUUCUUUAAUAUGUUGACUACUAUCUAAAAAUCCAUCAAAACAAUCUGAAUGAAUGAUUUCAAGAGUCAUUGUUAAAAAGAUCACAAAGAGUUACGAGUAGGAUGAUCAUAUUGGAUUGCGAAUGAAGACGAGUAUUGGAU